AUGGCAACACAUCACAACGCAUCCCAACACAUCACAACGCAUCCCAACACAUCACAACGCAUCCCAACACAUCACAACGCAUCCCAACACAUCGCAACGCAUCCCAACACAUCCCAACGCAUCACAACACAUCGCAACGCAUCCCAACGCAUCACAACGCAUCCCAACGCAUCGCAACGCAUCCCAACGCAUCGCAACGCAUCCCAACGCAUCCCAACGCAUCCCAACACAUCGCAACGCAUCCCAACACAUCGCAACGCAUCCCAACACAUCGCAACGCAUCCCAACACAUCGCAACGCAUCCCAACACAUCGCAACACAUCGCAACGCAUCCCAACACAUCCCAACGCAUCCCAACACAUCACAACGCAUCCCAACGCAUCACAACACAUCACAACACAUCACAACACAUCACAACACAUCUUAACGUAUCCCAACACAUCACAACACAUCACAACACAUCACAACGCAUCCCAACGCAUCACAACGCAUCCCAACACAUCCCAACACAUCCCAACACAUCUUAACGCAUCCCAACACAUCCCAACACAUCUUAACGCAUCCCAACACAUCACAACGCAUCCCAACGCAUCCCAACACAUCCCAACACAUCUUAACGCAUCCCAACACAUCACAACGCAUCCCAACGCAUCCCAACACAUCCCAACGCAUCCCAACACAUCACAACACAUCACAACGCAUCCCAACGCAUCCCAACACAUCCCAACGCAUCCCAACGCAUCCCAACACAUCCCAACGCAUCCCAACACAUCACAACACAUCACAACGCAUCCCAACGCAUCCCAACACAUCCCAACACAUCUUAACGCAUCCCAACACAUCACAACGCAUCCCAACGCAUCCCAACACAUCCCAACGCAUCCCAACACAUCACAAC